CUUUUUUUCGGGGGGGGGGGUUAGAAACACUUUUGUGUGUCCUUCAAGUCCUUCUUCUGUUCAGUGUCCUUUCUGCAUGUCCUGCUCAGCAGAUGAACACACUCAUGGUGGAUGCCAAGGGAAGGAACAUGAAAUGUCUGACGUUCUUCUUGAUGCUUCCAGAGUCAGUGAAGAGCAAGUCCAGUAAAGGCUCCAAGAAGGGAAGCUCCAGCGGCAUCUCCAAGCUGCCCCCUGUUUGUUAUGAAAUCAUCACCCUGAAGACCAAAAAGAAGAAGAAAAUGGCCGGAGAGAUCUUCUCCACCAAAAAGUCGUCUUCGGCUAGCACCGUACAGACAUACCAGCAGCAGAACCUGAACAAUAACAACACCAUCCAAUGCUGCAACUGGCAGGGUCUCUACUCCACUAUCAGAGAAAGAAAUGCUGUGAUGUUCAACAAUGAGCUAAUGGCAGAUGUACAUUUUGUAGUGGGCCAGCCUGAAGAAAUGCAGAGGCUUCCAGGGCACAAGUAUGUCCUGGCUGUGGGAAGUUCAGUGUUUCAUGCCAUGUUCUACGGAGAGCUAGCAGAGGAUAAGGAUGAAAUCAGUAUUCCAGAUGUGGAGCCUGCAGCGUUCCUGGCCAUGUUAAAAUACAUAUACUGCGAUGAGAUUGACCUAAGUGCUGAUACUGUGUUGGCGACGUUAUAUGUAGCGAAGAAAUACAUCAUUCCACACUUAGCACGGGCCUGCGUCAACUUCUUGGAGACAAGUUUAAGUGCUAAGAAUGCUUGCAUUCUGCUGUCUCAGAGCUGCCUUUUCGAGGAACCGGAGCUUACACAGCGCUGCUGGGAAGUGAUUGACACCCAGGCUGAAUUGGCCCUUAAAUCUGAUGGCUUCUGUGACAUUGACCCCAAGACUUUGGAGAGUAUCCUGCGGCGAGAGACACUGAAUGCCAAGGAGAUUGUGGUGUUUGAGGCAGCCCUGAAAUGGGCAGAGGCUGAGUGUCAGCGAAGAGAUUUGGCCGUUUCCAUUGGUAACAAGCGCAAAGUUCUUGGCCAGGCUGUGUACCUGAUUCGCAUUCCCACCAUGGCCCUGGAUGACUUUGCUAAUGGUGCAGCUCAGUCAGGCGUGCUGACACUAAAUGAGACGAAUGAUAUAUUCUUGUGGUACACAGCAGCUAAGAAGCCAGAUCUGCAGUUUGUCAGCAAGCCGCGCAGAGGACUGACCCCACAGAAGUGUCACCGCUUCCAGUCCUGUGCUUAUCGGAGCAACCAAUGGCGUUACCGUGGACGCUGCGACAGUAUUCAGUUUGCUGUUGACAAGCGAGUAUUUAUUGCUGGUUUUGGGCUCUACGGUUCAAGCUGUGGCUCUGCAGAGUAUAGUGCCAAAAUUGAGCUGAAGCGCCAGGGAGUAAUAUUGGGCCAGAACCUCAGUAAGUAUUUCUCUGAUGGUUCCAGCAACACUUUCCCUGUGUGGUUUGAACAUCCAGUACAAAUAGAACCUGACACUUUCUAUACAGCCAGCGUGGUUCUGGAUGGGAAUGAGCUCAGCUAUUUUGGGCAGGAAGGAAUGACUGAGGUACAGUGCGGCAAGGUGACCUUCCAGUUCCAGUGCUCCUCAGACAGUACCAAUGGCACAGGUGUACAGGGUGGUCAGAUCCCAGAGCUCAUAUUUUAUGCUUAAGGUUCCUCAAAGAAGACAAGAAAAUGCUCUCAUUGACAAAAGAAAGUUAUCUUUUAUAAGGUAACUGUUCUUGUAUAUCCUGUGUUGAUAUGUAAAUGUUUUGACUGUGAAAAUGUGGACUUCAAGGCAAAAAAGAACAAGACAGUGGUAUACACAUACAGUGUAUAUUUAAAUAUGUAAAGUAAAUUUAAUUGCCGCGUGUUGCAGCGUUUGCUUGCAC